AUGGUGAUCGAUAUUAUUAGAAGAUUAAAAAAUCAUGUUAAAAUUGUAAAGCGAUAAGAGUAUAUGACAUGCGUGAGCGUCAAACUCAAACUCCUUCAUCACCAUUCACUACCACUUUUCAAACCCAAAAUUCCUUCCUAAAUUUUCCACAUCAAUGGCUGCUUCCAUUUGCAUUUCCCGCCACCCAAUCCGAGCACCGCUCUCCGACUUAUUCCCCCCAAACACAGUCCUCCUCCGCUUCACAAACCUCAGAACCGCCGCCGUCCGGUGCUCCCUCCGACGUCCGGACUACGUCCCCAACCACAUCCCGGACCCCAGCUACGUCCGCGUCUUCGACACCACCCUUCGCGAUGGCGAGCAGUCCCCCGGCGCCACCAUGACCGCCGAGGAGAAGCUCGGCAUCGCCCGCCAGCUCGCCCGCCUCGGCGUCGACGUAAUCGAGGCCGGAUUCCCCGCCUCCUCCUCCGCGGACUUCGACGCCGUUAGGAUGAUCGCCGCCGAGGUCGGGAGCGCCGACGCCGAUCACGUCCCUGUCAUCUGCGGCCUCGCGAGGUGCAACGAGAGGGACAUCGCGAUGGCGUGGGAGGCCGUUAAGGACGCGAAGAAGCCGCGGAUCCACACGUUCAUCGCCACCAGUGAAAUCCACAUGAACUACAAGUUGAAGAUGACGCCGCAGCAGGUCGUUGAUAAGGCUAGGUCUAUGGUGGCUUAUGCCCGGAGCUUGGGCUGCGACGACGUCGAAUUUAGCCCCGAGGAUGCCGGAAGAUCAGACAGAGAGUUUCUUUAUACAAUUCUGGGAGAAGUAAUAAGGGCAGGAGCAACAACUCUUAAUAUUCCUGAUACAGUUGGCUAUACUUUGCCCACUGAAUUUGGUCAACUGAUUGCUGAUAUAAAAGCCAACACCCCUGGAAUCGAAAAUGUGAUAAUUUCAACACACUGUCAGAAUGACCUUGGACUUUCUACUGCUAAUACCUUAGCGGGGGCACACGCUGGUGCAAGGCAAGUAGAGGUGACGAUUAACGGCAUUGGUGAAAGAGCUGGAAAUGCCUCGUUAGAGGAGGUUGUAAUGGCCUUGAAAUGCCGUGGAGAGCAAUUACUAGAUGGUCUUUAUACAGGGAUCAACACACAACACCUUAUUAUGGCUAGUAAGAUGGUUGAGGAAUACAGUGGGCUGCGCAUCCAACCACACAAAGCAAUCGUUGGAGCUAAUGCCUUUGCCCAUGAAAGUGGCAUUCAUCAGGAUGGAAUGCUUAAAAAUAAAAACACAUACGAAAUUAUAUCUCCGGAAGAUAUUGGACUUAUUCGCUCAAAUGAAUCUGGUAUAGUGCUUGGAAAACUCAGUGGACGCCAUGCUCUGAAAGCGAAAAUGUUGGAGCUUGGAUAUGAUAUUGAUGGCAAGGAACUUGAUGGCCUUUUCACACGCUUCAAAACAGUAGCAGGAAACAAAAAGGCUAUCACAGAUGAUGACCUAAUUGCUUUAGUUUCAGACGAAAUAUUCCAACCGCAGAUCGUCUGGAAACUUGUAGACAUACAGGUCACUUGUGGAACUCUUGGCCUCUCAACUGCAACUGUUAAACUCGCUGGCGUGAAUGGUGACGAGCAUAUCGCUUGUUCAGUGGGGACCGGACCAGUUGAUGCAGCAUAUAAGGCGGUUGAUCUCAUUGUUAAGGUUCCUGUGAUGUUGGUGGAGUACUCCAUGAAUGCAGUUGCGGAGGGUAUUGACGCCAUAGCAACAACGAGGGUUCUAAUCCGUAGAGACGACGCUGCUACAUUAGACGGGGUUGCUGCCAGCCGCGCUUUCAGGUAUGUCGUUUUUGCUUCAGACUGCAAGGUAAGCCAGAGCAGAAGAAGCUGCUACAGUUUCACAUUUUUGACAUUAUUUUCUCCGGCCACAGCGGAACGGGAGCAGCAAUGGAUAUCGUCAUCUCCAGCGUUCGUGCCUACAUCGGUGCACUCAACAAGAUGCUCGGCUUCCAGGCUCGUAGCAAGGCAGAGGCUACCAACCAAGUCGAGUCGUUUCCUCUCCGGUGACAGGUUUUGGUUACAGUUUUAGUUUCUUUCUUUCGUGUCUCUUCAGUCGACGGCCGCCGGCCGUCGGAGGCCAGCGGAGGGAUGUAUGUUUGUGGUGUGCUUCCGAAUACUGUAAAUUAAUAAACUCUCUAAGAUAAUUAAGUAAUGUUAUUAUAUCA